AUGAAUACAGCUGUCUAUACGUUUGAGGGCAUUACUGUCACAAUGCCAUUAUACCGGGCCGUACGAAACAAAUACAACUUCUCCAAAGCGACCGGGGUAGUGAAUGUGGCGCUCAUAAUAGUGGUCAUACUGUAUCUGGGAAUUGGUUUACUCGGGUACCUUAAAUACGGGGCCGACGUGGGAGAUGUGCUAACCCUGUCGCUGCCCAACGAGCCCCUGUAUAACAGCGUACUGGUCAUGUACUCAUGUGUCAUAUGCGUCUCAUACCCGGUUCAGAUGUACGUCACACUACAGCUGCUGUGCCCGCGCGUCGAGUACUAUCUCCACGAGCUCAAUAUGAACACGUGUUUAGUCACAUUUUGUGAUUACCUGCUGCGGGCGUUGCUUUUGCUGCUUUUAUACCAAAUUUGAGCUUAAUCAUCUCGCUUGUUGGCGCUGUUUCAUGCAGUGGAGUGGGCAUUAUUUUUCCACCAAUGUUACACACUAUAUCAUUCUGGGAGCGAGAUAUAGAUCGUCGGGCCAAAGCUAUGAUCUACAUAAGGAAUCUCAUUGUGUUUAUCAUUGGCGUACUUGGAUUUGCAACAGGCACCUAUUUCUCGAUUAAAGACAUUGUUGACAUGUACGACUAAAAUUAGACUUGGUAUAAAAUUGUUGUUAUAUACAACACAGUUGCCAGAAUAAUGGUUUUUAAAAAUAGUUUUACAUAGGGUGAUGUUAAACUUUUUAUUUUAUUAUGCGCAAAUAAUUAAAUGAGAUCAGUUUAGUAGCGAAUGCGCUCAAUACAAGUCAUUAUAACAAUACUGUAUUGCCAUAAAAA